UGGUCAUAAUAGUAGUAUAAGAUUUACUAUCUUAAGAGCGAUGUUUCAGGGCCGCUAGAACCCUUGGAUAGAGCGUGAGAAGCACGAGUUAUCCUAUAUACCUAUAGCUCCUUGGGAGUAGUUAAAGAGCUACAUGCCAUUGCUUUUAUCAAGUAUACCAUACCAUACCAUACCAUACCUAUACUUAUAUCUUUCUAUACCCACUAGUGUCUAUACCCCCACGUACACAUACUCCCUCCCACAUACGCACACACAACCCGCACUCCAUACAACCAAACCAGCCAAACAAGUCAAAAAGCCAACCAAACAACCAAGCAAAACAUACAUAUAAUUCCUUUCUCUUUUUUACCUAUCCUACCCCCAACCCACCCCAAACCCCACCCUC